AUGCCAAUCACCACCGCCAUCUCCGGCCUGCGCAUCCCACUUCCACGCCCCACACCUCCAACCCGCCUAACCCUGGCCCUCGGCGCCGCCACUGUCCUCGCCUCAGCCCUCGUCCUCCCCGCCGCCUAUCGCGACUACAGAAUCUUUAAGUCCUACGGCCCGGGCGGCCUGCCGAGCAACGUACUAGGAUGGGCAAUUGCACGCAUGCUGUUCCAGCCAUUCGGGCAGGAAAUGUUCAGCACAGACGAGUACGUCCAACGCAUGGCGGCAGCAGAGGGCCACGGGAAGGGCGAUGAUGGGUUUUUGGCUCUCUCCGAAGAGCAGCUUCAGGGUCGCGGGGAGAGGCCUGUAAUCGGCCCGCAUGUUGUACCACAGAGGCAGUUGACGCAGGUACCCGAUGAGGGUAUUAUGGAGAAAUUCCGCAGUGUGUUCACGGCUUUCGGAUAUCGGAACCACCACCUCGUGAAGUUCCAGAGGUCGAAUAUGGAGCGCCAUGCGGAUGGGCUGUUUGUUGCGGAUCAUUUGCCUGUCUCGGGGAUUGCGAAGGUUUUGGAUCGUGAGAUUGCGCAUAUCCAUUCGGGGAAUGAGCACUCGGCACAUGUGGUGCUUGCGCCAGCUGAUUGCAAAAGGAUUAUUGAGGCAGGUUGGGGUCAGCGUCAUGCUUUCUCGGGUACCUCUGCGCUCAGCAUUCUGUCGCUUGGUACAAAGCCCGACCUUCCUGCGGAGUAUAUCUUGAUCUAUGCACCGCGGACGGAAGCCGAGAUUGAGACGGUGAUGCAGAUUAUCUCCGCGAGUGUGAAGUUCAUGGCAGGGAGGGAGGAUGUGCGGUAA